AUGAACAGAUUUGUUGUCAGACAAUUUCUCUUACCGCAUCCUCAGGAUCUACAAAUAUCAUCAGAUCCGAUUGAUCGUGCAAAUACUUUCAUGUGCAAUCAAUGCUUAUUGUCAUUUGAAAGCGCAACCGAUAGGGAUAAGCACAGCAUCACUAAGCCGAUAAUUGACAAAUCUGAAGUCUUUAAGGAAAAACCUAAAGUUUUCACAUAUGAAAAUGAUAAGGGAUUUUGCGAAAUAAAUUUUGCUGACAAAAAAAAGGAUGGAGAAUUUUUCUGUGAUGAAUGCAAUAAAGGAUUUUCAUCAUAUCAAGGACUCCGGCAGCACGAAGGCAAAAUACAUAGAGAGAAAAAAAGAAAUUUUAAGUGUACUAUUUGCGUUAAAAAAUUUUUCAGCAGAUACCUCUUGAGAUCUCACAUGAAGCAAGUGCAUGAGACUUCUGAUAAGUUUUCAUGCAUUCAAUCCAGCCAAUUUGAUAAAACAGAAAAUGCUCUUAAAAUGCAUGCUGAUCAUUGCGGUAUGAGUUUUGGAUACAGAAAUUAA